AUGGGGGUGCAUGUAGUAAUGUUUGCUUCCCAUGAGACCCCAGAUGCUCAGAUCAAGAUGGCUAUUUUGGAGACAGCACCCCCUGAUGGCAAGAAGGCCUUCUCUGUGUCUUUGGAGCCCACCAAGGAUUGGGUGCUGAAAGGGGAGCAAAUGUUAACAGAUUAUCUUUUGACUGAACCUGGUGAAGAAGAUUUGAAUGACAAGAAGCAAGCAGUGGAAAUAGCCCUGGAUGAUGAAGGAAACCCCCAGGUGCCAGCUUUUACUGGGCAGAAGCUGAAGGCCCAGCAGAGUUUGGCUAGAGCUGUCUUCCAAGCAGCCUAUGCAAAGUUUACCAGGAAGCCAAAGGCCAAGAUGGAUUUUGUGAUGAAGGAUCCUUCAAAAUGGACCAAGGCUGACCUUAGGUUGCUUUGGAAUCAUUGGCAUUCCCUAGAGAAUGAGGAUAAGGUGAUCAUUUCAUUUAUCAAUUGCAAAAAGGACAACAAGCCUUUGGGAAGGCCCUUUAACCAGAAAACCAGCAGGGAAAAAAGAGUGUGGGUGAGCCCUGACAAUGACAAUGAAGCUGGGGGGGAGCCCAGUGGAGUGGCUGGGGCAUCAGACUCAGAGGCAGAGCUGGAAACUGGUGGGGCAAGGCCAUGCAAGGUAACUCCAGUUGUCCAGGAAGAUAGGCUUGACUCUGGGGCCUCCUCAUCUCAAAAUACCCCUCAUGACUCCAGUCCUGCUUGGCAUGCCAAUGGGGACCAGAUGAAAUUUUUAAAGACCCCUUCCAUCAUGCCCAGGUACCAGGAUCUCAUUGAUCUUGUAUAUGCCUUACCAGAGACAGAACCUGAUAUGGAACCCAGGGUAGGGUUGCCUGAAUGGGCAUCAUGGACUUGGAGUGCCCAGUAUCUGCCCCAAGAGAUCCAUGCCAAUGGGGGUUCCUUCUGGAAGGCACUGGGUCAAUUGCAAUCCCAGAGGUUUACUUCCAGGGUGAAAGGUCUUCCUGUGGUACUCAGAUUUGGUAUGUUGUGGAGGGAGUGUAAGAGGGCACAGGAAGUAGAAGAGGAUGACCCAGAAGUUGCUAAUCUGGGUUUCUUGCUGGACUCUAAGCUUGAUAUCAGCAGAGGCAAAGAUGUUAUGGCCACAGUGGGGGUGGUAAUUGCAAGGUUGGUGCAAAAUUCUGGUGACUCAGAGGAACAGGGAGGCUCUGGGCAAAAAACUGGUGGAGAUGCAGAGCACUCUGGUGACAGUGGGAGGGAUGGUGAGGAAAAGGAACCAGAGGAUACACCCCAGGAGAAAAGGAAAAGGAAAAGGGGAGGCAGUGGGAAUGUUGAGAGGAAGAAGAAGAAGAUGAAAAAGGGGGGUUCAAGGGAAGAUGGGGUUCAGGAGAAAGAGGGCAAGAGACCAAGCAGACAUCAGCAACCAACCAAGAGACAUCAGUAA